UACAGACGUGAAGUCAGGAUCUUUACGCUUCCCUUCUCUAGACGAAAAAACUCAACUGUAGGUCAAAUUCAAGGAAGGGUACUUUUUAAAUGCGCUCUAAAGCGUUAUAUUCUUCUAGAAUUUUGGGCUGGAGCUUGGAAGUUUGGCGGGAAAAAGAGCGUAGUAAAGAAACCGAGAAACGGGACGUAGGAAGCACAUUUGAGAAGUAGGGAGCUUUCUGAUGACCCGCGCAAAAAGUUAGUAAGUUGGAUGUUUACUGGAAUAAGAAAACCUGAAGAUUUGAAUGAUGACUGAGAAGGAGUUGGAGAUUGACGACAUUAUAACAGAUGCAAUGGCCACUCCAUCUCCAGCCAAGAGUAUGGGCGACCCAGGCAUCACGCCACUUUCCCCUACACACAUACUGAAGGACUCAGAGGAGAAUGAGCCUCCGAGACAUCACUUUGUGGUGGUGGUGGCCAUCGACUUUGGCACCACCUCCAGCGGCUACGCGUAUGCCUUCACUAAAGAGCCAGAGUGCAUUCACACUAUGAGGCGCUGGGAAGGCGGAGACCCAGGGGUGUCCAAUCAGAAGACGCCCACCACUAUUCUACUGACCCCAGACAAGAAGUUUCACAGUUUCGGUUAUGCAGCACGGGAUUUUUACCAUGACCUGGAUCCUUCUGAGUCUAAACAGUGGCUGUAUCUGGAGAAGUUUAAAAUGAAACUACACACCACUGCAAAUCUGUCCAUCGAUACAGAUCUACAUGCAGCCAAUGGGAAGAAGGUGAAAGCUCUGGAUAUUUUUGCUUACGCCCUGGCUUUUUUCAAGGAGCAGGCUCUAAAGGAGCUGAGUGACCAAGCAGGGGCGGAGUUUGAUAAUGCUGAUGUCAGAUGGGUCAUCACUGUACCAGCCAUAUGGAAGAUGCCAGCCAAGCAGUUUAUGAGAGAAGCAGCCUAUAAGGCUGCUCUGGUUACUCGUGAUAAUCCUGAUCAGCUGAUCAUCGCUCUGGAACCAGAAGCUGCAUCUAUUUACUGCAGGAAGCUGCGCCUCCACCAAAUGGUUGACCUGGGCAGCAAAACAGCUCUGAACGGUUACAGUCCGACUGACAAUGCUGGGGUGGGAAUGACCCAGGCUAAGGAGCAUGUGCGCCGUAACCGACAGAGCCGCACCUUUCUGGUGGAGAAUGUCAUAGGAGAGCUCUGGUCUGAACUCGCUGAAGGUGACCGUUAUGUGGUGGUGGAUUGUGGAGGAGGAACGGUGGAUCUCACUGUACAUCAGAUCCGGCUGCCGGAAGGUCACUUGAAGGAGCUUUACAAAGCUUCAGGAGGUCCAUAUGGCUCUAUCGGUAUAGAUUAUGAAUUUGAGAAGCUCCUGUGUAAGAUAUUCGGGCAGGAUUUCAUCGACCAGUUUAAGAUCAAGCGUCCGGCCGCCUGGGUGGAUCUGAUGAUUGCAUUUGAAUCUCGAAAAAGAGCAGCAACUCCUGACCGAAGCAAUCCUUUGAAUAUUAACCUGCCCUUCUCCUUCAUCGACUACUACAAGAAGUUCAGGGGACACAGUGUGGAGCACGCGCUGAGAAAGAGCAAUGUGGACUUUGUGAAGUGGUCUUCACAGGGCAUGUUGAGGAUGAGCCCAGAUGCGAUGAAUGCCCUGUUCAAACCAACUAUAGACCACAUUAUACAGCACCUGACUGAAUUAUUUGACAGGCCUGAAGUGACAGACAUCAAGUUCCUCUUUCUGGUGGGUGGAUUCGCAGAGUCUCCGUUGCUGCAGCAGGCGGUCCAGAACAUGCUUCAGGGCCGCAGCCGAAUCAUUAUUCCACACGACGUGGGCUUGACCAUCCUGAAGGGGGCGGUGUUGUUCGGCCUGGAUCCUAGCAUUAUAAAAGUGCGCCGCUCUCCGCUCACCUACGGCGUCGGCGUCCUCAACCGAUUUGUGGAAGGCAAACACCCACCUGAAAAGAUGCUGGUUAAAGACGGUAUGCGCUGGUGCACUGACGUCUUCGACACGUUUAUCUCUGCCGAUCAGUCAGUGGCGCUGGGCGAAACAGUGAAGCGCAGCUAUACACCGGCCAAGCCCUCGCAGCAGGUGAUCGUCAUCCAUGUGUACUGCUCAGAAAAAGAGUCGGUCACUUUCAUCACAGACCCAGGCGUGAGGAAGUGCGGCUCGCUGAAGCUGGAUGUGAGCGGUACUGAGAGUCCAGCGGCACGCAGAGAGAUCCAGACACUCAUGCAGUUCGGAGACACCGAGAUCAGAGCCAUGGCUGUCGACGUGGCCACAUCUCGUACUGUCAAAGCGAGCAUCGAUUUCCUUGGUCAGUAGAUAAGGAAAACACCCACUGCAGACAAACUUAGUAUUUUAAUCAUGUUUUCCAGUCAAGAAAUCUUUAAAUCAUCCUUAAAACGAUUAUAUAUAUUUCUUUUGAUUUUUUUUAUUCUGGAAAAAGUUCAUCAUUUAUCCGACAAGGAUACACUGUAAAAAUUGAAUAGUUACCUUUUUUUAAAGCAAGCCUGUAGCCAAGGGGGAUUUGGGUGGUUCAAAAGACCCACCCCUCAAUCACAAAGGUCCAGAAUUUGUCCUCUAUAUGAGCUCAUUUGUACUAUUUUGACUGCUACACCAUCAUAAAUUGUUAAAAUAGCACAUUGAAAAAUGCUUUAAGACCAAGUCGAAUCAACUGUCACGUCAGUGUGACUUCAGCUAAUCAGUUUUGGCCAAUGCUAACUAUUAUUUUUCAUCCAGCUGUGCAAGAAAACACACAAUGUAAGUGAAUGUACAGUUGAAGUCAGAAUUAAUAACCCCUUAAUAAAGCAUUUUUAUAUAAAUAAAAGCAUUUUUUAAUAACCAUUUUAAAGUCAAAAUUAUUAGGCCCAAUAAGCAAUUUUUUAUAGUCUAGUUAACCUAAUUAACCUAGUUAAGCCUUUAAACGUCACUUUAAGCUGUAUAGAAGUGUCUUGGAAUAUAUCUAGUCAAAUAUUAUUUACUGUCAUCAUGGCAAAGAUAAAAUCAGUUAUUAAAAAUUAUGUUUAGAAAUGUGUUGAAAUCUUCUCUCCGUUAAACAAAAUUUUGGGGAAAAACAAACAGGGGGGGCUAAUAAUUCUCACUUCAACUGUAAGUGAAGUCAUCUUUCACUAAUGUAUUGGUUUUUAAAUAGAGAAAAUAUUAUUUACAAGUAACUUUUAUUCAAAAUCUUGGAUCUUAUUCUUGAAACAAAAAAUGACCAAUAAAAAGGUGUGAAGCACCAAAAGUGGCCCAUAUUAAAAUGAAUUUGAAUACUAAUUUGGCUAUACACGACUCUUCAAUCAAAUAUACUUUUUUACAAGAAACGCUAGAAAAACCAUGAAGUUUUUAUUAUUAUUAUUAUUAUUAUUAUUAUGUUUUCAUUUUUUUAUUAUAGAAAUGGCCAAAUUCUGACUGCGGAAGGUUGAAUGUGCGAGCCAGUUUGUUUUUUGCCUAAUAAAUGACAAUCGACUACAGUUUUUAAUUUAAAACUUGAACAGAUUCCUAUUUUUUUUAAUGAUAUACUAUGUAAUAAAUUAGUAUUUUAAAAAUAACCAUUUAUUAAUAUUUCUUUAUUCCAAAUCUUUAGGAAAUAUUUUGGUACAUUGAAAAGUGUGGUUAUGAUGACCAUCCGACAAGCUAAUCCAGCUUAAAAUGUCACUAAAAUGUAGUAUUUAAUCCUCAAAAUUAAAUAGAAAAUGAGGCGUAUAUCUGCAAAAAAGUCUACAUUUUGAGAAAAAAAAGAACCGUCCCUUUCACCAGGCUGGCUACUGGCCUGUAAAGUGAGUGAAAUUUGCAUGUUUUUUUAAAUUAAGUCAACUUAACACUUCCAAUAGGUUCUUAAUGGGUUCACUUACAUUGUUUUUAAGUAAAGUCAACUUGUGUCUUUAAGGCAAAUGGUUUACUUGCUUUAAGUAACUAAUCACUUCUUACAGUGAACAUUAAAUUGAUCGAAGGUACUUCAUAAUGCCACAAAACAAAAUAAAAAAAUAAUGUCUCAAAUUACGAGUCAGUUAACAUUUGCCUGUAAAUAUUAAGAGACAUAUUAAGAAAUGCACUAUAGAUUAAUUGAAUAAGCUAAAUUGGCCGUAGUGUAUGUGUGGGUGUGAAUGAGAUUGUAUUGAUGUUUCCCAGUGAUGGGUUGCAGCUGGAAGGGCAUCCGCUGCGUAAAACACAUGCCUGAUAAGUUGGCGGUUCAUUCCACUGUGGUGACCCCUGAUUAAUAAAGGGACUAAGCUGAAAAGAAAUUGAAUGAAUGAAUAUUAAGAGACUACUUGAAAAUUCCCUAGAUUUUAUGGAUAUGUGUUUGAGUAAAAUGUUAAAACAAUAAUGAUGAUUUACUUGAUCACAUAACUAAUAAUCAUCCAUAGAACGUUUUGAGAAAUUUUAAGAGUUUCUUCAACAGAACCUUUGCAUAUUUGGCUCAUUUCUGAAAGGAUCACAUGAUACUGAGAUAAGGAUGCUUUGUCAGAAAUCAAGUGCAUAUUAAAACAUUUAAAACGUAUUUUUAUCAUUUCCCUCUCAUAUAUUGAAGAAAACAUAUAAAACUAUGAAAAAUAACCUUAAUAUUUUAUGCAAUUUUGAUUCCGAAAUAGAUAUUUUUAUUUAAAGUAUGUUUAAAUAUUUUGACUGGAAAACAAGGCAAAAUACUGAUCAAAACGUUACUUUUGCGGUGUAGAAGGAAAGUAAAAGAAAAGGAAAACUAAAAAUAGAGAAUGAGCAGGAGAUGACAGUUGUAGGUUCGAAGUCUCAACUAAUACACAUUUGCCGACCUUUCAUGUGACAUUUGCUUGAAUAGUUGUGCCAUUCAUUUCAUUUUAGUUGGUUAUUUCAUUUCCCAGACCCAAAAUGGACUCAACUUCACAUCUGGCCAAAGUUGAGUUGAUUUUGUCUCAUUGACGCUCACCUCUGUCUGUUAUUCUCUGUAUGCUUCUAUUGCAGUCUCUCUGCAGUCUUAGUAGCUUAUUUUCAGCACAGAGAUGCAAUCUCUGCAUGGAUAGAGCCAAAAUGCAGCUGCGUAUUGCUAGUAGUGCAAUUGGGGAUAACACCAUUUAUUAGUACAGGUUAAGGCAGCUACAUCAGUUUUAUUAUAUAUACAUCAUGGUGGAAAUAUAAUAUCAUUCUCUUACAAAAUAUACUGCUUUGCUCUUAAACUUCUGGUCUUUUACCUCCAAAGCCUGGUUUUGGCUGCUGAACUGGUGACCAGUUUGCUAGACUGAAACUGAAACUCAAUAUGUGCUAAUCUCAAGCAUUUUCAACCAACUUUGAGAAUGGUACCUAAACACAUAACACAUAAAACAAAGGUGCUGAUGCCCGUGACAAAAUUAUUAAAUGUUUGUCACACUAGUGUUACAGGACUACGCAGAACAACAAAAAUCUCAAACUUUUUUGUCUGUUUUGUUUCAACGUAUCGUUAUCUCAAUUUCUUUGUGUUUCUUUUUUACGUGUUGAGGCAUUUGUAGGAGUUCUGGACUCUUACAUCGAUUCCAUUUGGCAGGAGUUUGAGGUCACUUUUUUUUGUUUGUCUCAAAAUUCAGUGUAUCUUUUCAUAUUAUUGAAGCGGAAUGAGAAAGCAUAAAUCCUGGAAUGUGAAUUUUAGUCCUCAUUUUGAAGUGGCCGUGACAUGAGAAGCCGCUAGCUGGACCUGCAACAUGAUUUGAAAUGAUAGCCAUCGCUAUAUGCUAGUUGCCUUUAUCCUUAGAAAGAGAAGCCACUGAUUUUCUUGUUUUAUUUUUAUUUUUUUUAAAUUUGAGAUUCUUUUCGAGAGUAUGUGAUGAAUGAAAAUGUUUAUUUCUGUAUAUACCGUAUUUAAAGAUUAUUGUACAGAUUUUUAGCAUUGUUUUAGCAUUAGCGGCUUUAUGAGCGGUGUGUGUAUGCAGGCCUUAAGAGCACACUUUCUUUCCUCCAUUCUCACCAGCCUUCAUCCAGAUGCUUAAUUUGGAUAUGAGCCAAAUUCAAACCCAAUCAUAACCCCAAUAACUGAAACUUAGGGUGUGUUCACACUUGUAGGUCGGUUCUGUUUGCCAUAUUAGCCUAGACCAGUAUUUUAAUAGUGCUGCUUCAACUCUAUGAGAUAAGAACACCUUUUUAGAACUGUUUGGGUUAAGAAAACAUCUGUGUUUGGGGUAUGUUUGCUACUCCCUUACUGCAAAAUGUUUGCUCUGUCUGGAUGUGUUUAAAUCAGCCUGAUGUCACAAGGAAACAUAGCUAUUUUAUGUAUGUCAGAAAAGUGGCUAAUUUAUAGAAAUUCAUAUGAUUUCAUUCAUACAAAAAUGUGUGCCCCUAAACCCAACUGUCAUUGAGGAACGACUAAAAUGUAUGAAUGAGAUCAUACAAAUUCAUACGCAUUAGCCACUAAAUCAAAAAGUAGCAAAUUGCUGAGAGAUUGUUUUGGCUUAAAUCCAUUUACAUGUUGGUAAAAUCAGUAUAAGAUGCAAAUAUCUAGCUGUGAUGAUCAGUUUAUAGUUAUGCUGUUUAGUGAAGUUCAUUUAUAAACUAAUUUCGAGAGAAUCACAUGCUUAUGAUUGACUAUGCCCGGUUCCGCAUUAGCUAAUGCAUGAUUCACCAAUCAGACAAUUCCUAACUCACUAUAAAUAACCAGAGUGUCUUACCUUAGUCAUCUUCGUCUUGAAGAAUCGCUCCUUCCACUCUAUCUCCUCCCCUUCUCCUUGAUAGGGCGGCACGGCGGCCCAGUGGUUAGUGCUCUGGUUCAGGUCUUUACCCAGCCAGUUAACAUUUCUGUCUGGAGUCAAUGUUCUCCCCGUGCUCGCAUGGGUUUCCUUCCACAGUCCAAAGACAUGUACUCUAGGUGAAUUGAAUAAACCAAAUCGGCACCAUAGAUGAGCUCCUAAUCAGCAGGACAUCAUCGUAGCAAUCCUUAAUCCCCCAUUUGCCUUAACAGCGGAGAAGUUCUCGAGAUCUACCUGAGCUCAAACUCCCCUCUUGCCCUGCAAACGGAAGGGAGCCCUAGGCUCUAAGAUCUUAUGAGCUCAGGGCUCUCUCCUGGAACAGCAUGCCAAACACGCUUUAUUAUCAAUUAUCAGCUAAAUGUGAACUCUUGAAUGGCCUUAAAACACUAUUAAGCUGCGGUCACACUGGACUUUUUUCUCCAUAGACUUCCAUUCAUAUGCACGCUAAUGAGUCAGAGCGGAAAUGCAAGCUCGUGCCGCAGAAAUGUAAAAUAUGGACCAGUCGUUUUCUUUUUUUAAAUGUCUAAUAAUCCUGUUUAAUCCCGCCCCUUUUCGCAGGGCUGUAACACAAAAUUUUGCAUGCUCUAACUCUAGUGUGACCACACAUGGACUGUCCACUUAUGCAUAAUCAGGUUAAGAAUGUGCAUGUAAACGCACUUCAAUGUGACUAUGACAAGAGAAACCAGAAAUGUUUAAGCAUUCUGUCUUUUUAUGGUUUCAUUGUGUGACAUCACAUCCUAUUUUUGGCUCAUAUUGCAUUCAUAUUUCAGCGAAACAUCACCAGAGCUUGUUUGGAAAUGGCCCGAAUCUCAACUAUUCAAUGGUUAAUGAGUUAUUUUUAAUCAAACCAAAUAUGGCAAGUUGAACACACCCUUAAUCCAAUUCCCAAAACCGUACAUUUAGCUUAACCCAAACAUAAGCCCCUAUUAACCAAAAAACUCACUCUUUAAUCCCAAACAAAUCUCUAAUUUCCAUUUCCCAUUUUCUCAGUUUCAUAUGCAGUUGUGUGAAUUCCUUUGUUUAUCUUUUUUAUUGAUUUUUAGAAUCGCAAGACUUGAAAACCCUUGACCUUAACAACUUUACUCGCAGCUUUCUUUUGAAGUAAGUAGUACAACAUUGUGUUUAUUUCUCUUUUGGUUUGAGGAAAUGAGGUGACUGAUAGCUUGUAGUGUGUAUGUGGUUAAAUCAUAUUCUGAUACUGCAAACGACUGGCAAUCAUUGUGUUUAAAGUUUGGAAGAUGCUGAGAUAAAUGCGACAGUAAAAAACUAAAUGAAAGCAAUAAAGUCCACAUCUUAUUCCCACUUACCGUACUUCAUCAUUCUGCCAGUGUGGAAUGUGCGCGUCAAUGCUUCAACCGCAAAAUAUUAAUGUUGCUAUCGAAAUGUACUAAUCGACAUUUAGAUCAUUUGAAGUGAUGAGACCUGAACAUUUUAUGUCAACAUUUAUGUUAACAAUAUAACAACUAUUUUGGCGGUUUGGAAUAAAAUGAACAUCAUGUAAUUGAUUUUCAAUGGCAAUACAAGACUAAAAGCGCCAAAUCGUUCUUGCCCAGGAUGUUAUUUACGAUUAUAGCACAGAUCCUGGAUCAAAAACAUCGAAAGAUCCUUCAAAAUAGUCAUUCCAAGCAUCUGACAGACCGACCAUAAAUUGUGAGCGAAAUAUCAUCAAUGUAGUAUAACUGAUAUAAAAAUGAACUAAAAAACAGCAAGCUUACACACAGGAUAAAAUGCUAAAGCUUCUCUAAAUAUAAUCUGGAUUUGCUGCUCAUGUGAUUGUUAAUUGCAAAUAAUUGCAUAUGCUCUGCACGAUUCGCAUGAGUGACCAAAAUUAUUUAUGUUUUUUGUUUGGUUAUGUUCAUUAAAAAGAUUCUAUUUUAGAUUCAGUAGAUCUCCGGAUAAAAAACUCAAGCUACUACAGAUCACUCUCUCAUUGGCUGAAAACAGUGUCAUCGCAUCUAUACGAGCGUGCAGAUUCGUGGCGUUAAGCACACCUUUUUUCUUUUUGCUCUGAGAGUAUUGAUGGGGUGAAUGUUAAAAAAUAAACUUUUGCUUUUAUACUUGUUUUUUUGCACCAUAGCGGUUCAUGGGCAGCUUUGCUUUUAUAUUUUAUUGAUAACACAAUGUAUAGCCUCUUUAUUAUAUGUAGUUAUUGCUAUGAUAUGCUUGUAAAGUCACAUAAAGAGCACUAUCAUUUUGUUCUUGUUUAAUUAUUAUCACUCUGUCUAAAGUAUUAAGAUCCCUGUAAACAGGGAGGGAUGCUAACAAUUCACUGUGAAUUUGAUUUUGAAUGCAGCAUUAUUUUAUUUAACUGGGUUUUAGCUCAAAGAAAAAGGAGCAGGUUAUAAGGAGUUUCAUCGUUUGCUUGAUUCUGUGCUUUAAAUUCUUGAAAGUCGCCUAAGUCAUUCACUUAGAUUCGAGAUGGCUGACGUAGACUUUCAUUCACUUUGUAAACUCACAUGCUGUACUUUACCUGCGGGGUUAUUUUUAAUCAGUGAAUCAGAGUCACUGCUCUUGCCAUAUGCACAUCCGAAAAUAAGAUUUGCAACUGUGUUUCAAUCAAUGCCAAGUACUAACAGCCAAAAUGUCACCCAAUAAAAAGUAUGUGUAUUUCAAAAUAAACAA